UCAUGCUGGUAUGAUCGUCUCCGCUGCAUGGCAUCUCCUGCAGGGCGUUGAUAGUUGAUCAUGCCACACAAACAAGAUGAGAAACUCAAACUCCUCAUCGGUAUUCACUCAGGUUGUUAACUUGUUGAAUGCCUUGCACACGCUGUUCGACGCCAUCAUUUCCAACUAUGACGUCUACAAGGUUGAAAGCAUCGAUGAUGCCUACAUGUUGGUCUCCUGCCUACUGAUCCGUAAUGGCAGCCGUCAUGCUGGUAUGAUCGCCUCCACUGCAUGGCAUCUCCUGGAGGGCGUUGAUAGUUGAUCAUGCCACACAAACAAGAUGAGAAACUCAAACUCCGCAUCGGUAUUCACUCAGGGCAAAGGUGAAAGCCUGACGUACUGGCUCGAGGGACAUGAUCCAAGCUA